CCGCCUCCAGCUCGUCGGAGCGUCUGCGCCUCGGGCGCCAAUUGCAAUACCCCUACAUACAAUGGCAUCCACGAGCCGCGCAAUACAAUAUACCAUCCCGGCAAGGGAAGACUUUAAUAAACUAUCCGACGAACAAAAAACACGUAUUAACGAAGCCUUUGACCUCUUCGACUCCAACAAAGACGGUCUCCUCUCCUACGAAGAAUUCCGCUUCGUCCUCCGCGCGCUCGGCUUCGAGCUGCCCAAGUCGCAGACGUACGACCUGCUGAUCCGGCACGGCCAGAAGCCCGCCAACUGGCCGCACGACCAGGAGUGCGCGCCCGUGUACCGCCUGUUUAACCUGCCGACGACGCAGGCCAUCGCCGGCACGCUAGUCCGGGCGCGGGACCCGCGCGAGGAGCUGCGCCGCGCCUUCCGCCUGUUCGACACCGACGGCAAGGGCAUGAUCACGCAGGACGACCUGCGCAAGGUCAGCAAGCAGGUCGGCAACAACAUACCCGACGCCGACAUCGCGGCCAUGAUUGAGGAGUUUGAUGCGUCGGGCAAGGGUGGGGUAGACGAAGACGAGUUUCUCAGGUUGAUGAUGUCCAAGAAGUGAAGCGUGGUUCUUUCCGGUGUGGGUGGCGGAACAAGCUUGAUACCCCAGACGGUUUUGUUGCGCGGGACUGUUUGGAUGAGGAAAAGCUGUCGGAGCGCAAACAACCGCUUGAUCAUGGGACUCGAAUUCUGGGUUACGAUAUAUAGCACCAUUGAAAGCAUGGGCAUUUUGGCAUCUACAAUAAACCCCCUAAACCCUCUCUCCCACCCGGCCUGCUCUCAGCCACCCCUCCUACCGUUUGAGGCAAAUCACCCAAUUCACGCUUCCUACCGGCCACAAGAAUAUGUCACUCCCACUCCUGACCUCCCACUUGGCGAUUUCCGCCUCGUCGGCGCCACAUGUGCGCAGCAACACCUCGACCUCGUCCGGCGUCCGAGUCCUCAGGCACGACAUCCACCCAUCAAAGACCAGCACAAACGGAAGGACGGGCAGGACAUAGGUCCAAAACAGCGCCAUCGGAGCCCCCCACAA